AUGGUUCAAGAAAUGGAUCUACAACAGGAUGUCACGACGUUUCCCGUUCUAGAGAAAUGCCAGCUCAUUUUACGGCAUAUUUUCGUCUAUGCUGCUGACUGGCCUCGUCUUGGCGCCCUUUUGUUUUCUAGCUUUCCAAGAUUGACACAAAAUCAUAAAGCGACAUUCUGGGCUACGAAUCCAGCUCAAAGGAAGGAGGCGUUUCCAGAUUGGGCACAGGACAGGGGUGAACAACUACGGGCGCCACAUACACUCUGGCGAAGCGUCUCGGAGGCUCCGGUAGAUGCAAGAUCAACCAUGGGUAUUGACUUAGUUGAAGCGUGCUGCGCUUUGCUCAGUAUCGUGCCUUGCCGCCAAUAUAGUGUUCAGCUUCUUUCUUUUGCGCCGCAGAAUAUCGCACCAAAUUCCACAGUUCAAGGCUUUUGCAAGUUUAUCCUUCUAAUCAAAGAGGGGGUCACUACUCUGAUUCUUUGUUCCUCCUGUCUUAUCCCCACCUACAAACCUUCGUUGAGUCUGCUCUCCACAAGGGUAUUUUUUAAAAUUGGACUCAAAGCUAUCUUGAAGUAUGUAUCUCCUACCGCAAAAAUUACCCAGGCAGUUGAAUUUCAUCGAACCGACGAACUUUCUCCGUCUGUACUUUGCUUUAAGCCACUGCGGAGGUCUUCACUUUACUCGGAAGGCCGCAUACGCUGUUUCCUCUCCUUCUACAGCAUGAGUCUCUACUCGAAGCUAGAUAAUUUUAGAAGCUCUAGGUUUCUGAUAUUGUUCACAAUAUGUACUGCUAUGUUCACGGAUGGCUUUAUCUAUGGCAUUGUUGCACCCGUGAUCCCAUUCGCACUCCAAGACCAAAAGCUAGUGUCGGAAGGAAAGCGUAAGAUGACUGCUGCGGUAUUGUACAAUUAUCAACCGGACUUCUUUGGUGCUCGUAAGUGCCCCUUCACUCAGCCUCCCAUGUUCUACAAUGCCAUUUGCAAGCAUUACUAG